AUGACUUUCCAUGAUGAAGACAUUGAUCAGCAAUUGCCGCUUUCCGUUGACGAUGAUCAGCUGCGCCCAGGCUGUGGGAUGGACUCAACAGAAAGUGGUCCUCCGAUUACAUCAGCCCCAGUUGCGCAAUUCAAGCCCUCAAGGAUAGUAGCCAGGGUUAUACGAAGCCUUUAUGGCAUCAAAUCUGUUUCAACUGAGGAGCACCUCACACCUGCUGCAAGGUUCAAUCAAGACUUGUCCGAAUGGCGAGAGCCAAUUUCCUACCUUCUUGACACGGUCGGAUCUUCAGCCUUGUAUGUCAAGCAUGAGGAGAUUCGGAAAAAUGUUCAGCUUUGCUUGGACGCCGCCACAAAGAUCACGAAGCACGUCAACUACAUCAACGAAGCCGGCGAGCUCUACAGUACGUUGUUUCGCUACGGUGUUGUCCUCCAAGAAUUGCACCUCAAGGUCCUGCGGAACAACACGUGUCUCGCGCCUAUCUCAAAUCCCCGAGCUGGAAAUUGUUUGACAUCAAAUGAGAACAAUGAGAUCCUUCCUGUGCCAUACCGGAGGUCUCAAUUACGUCCUGGGGGUGGUACCAGUGGAUUGAGACUUGCUGUUGAAUAA